AUUCUCAUUUAGAAAGGCAGGGAUGAAAAUUAUUUCCAUGGGCAGAGCGCGAACACACCGCGGGAUGCGUGUGUCUCCUCUCUACCAUGAAGCGUUUAAUACAGAGAUAGGUUUAUAAUCAGGAGAUUACCUGCUCUUGUUAUUUUAUUUUUAUUUCAACCAGAGUCUCGUCGCAUUUUUACUGCUUCUGUCUGGCGUCUGCUUCGCCUGUGAGUCUGCCGCGGAGCGGUUGUCACACAGGCCGAGAAUCGGAUUCUGUUGCUGGGAGGAGACCACACAGACUCACCUCCCUCCUUGCUAGCAUUAUUAUUAGCUGGCUACGAUGCGUGUCUGCGGCUGCUGUAUUUUCUACACAGCAGACCACGUUACAACGAGACAGGUCUUUGGCUAAUUGGUUGUGUAACCCUGCUGUACCUAAAGGGUGAUUUGGAAAUACGCAGCACCUUUCAAGGAUGGAUGUUGACUUGUGCGCCGGCGGGGACGGUACCAGGAAGAAACCGGAGUUACCGGUGGCUGCAGACGGCACAAUGGAUGUAGUACCUUUGGAGAUGUAUGACUCUGCCAGAGCAAAAAUAGCUGCAAACCUGCGGUGGCUUUUUGCCAAAGCCUACGGCAUUGGCCAUAUUCCAGAGGACCUGCGGGACCCGUUCUACACAGACCAGUACGACCAGGAGCACAUCAAGCCCCCCGUCAUCCGUCUUCUUCUGUCCUGCGAGCUUUACUGCCGUGUGUGCGCUCUCAUCCUGAAGACCGAGCAGGCCGCGUCGCUUCAGUCCCACCUGUCGGUCAUCCAGGCUCUGUCCAGAAAGGGCAUUUAUGUCAUGGAGAGCGACGACACGCCCGUCACAGAUGGAGACCUGGCCUGCAUUCCUAUCAAAAUGAGUGCACACAUUUCAAUGAUCGAUGCUCUCAUGAUGGCCUACACAGUUGAGAUGAUCAGCAUCGAGAAAGUGGUGGCUUCUGUCAAGCGCUUUUCUACCUUCAGUGCCUCAAAGGAGCUGCCCUUUGACCUUGAGGAUGCCAUGGUCUUCUGGAUCAACAAGGUGAACAUGAAAAUGAGGGAGAUGAUGGAAAGGGAACACAAAGUGAAGCAUCACCCUCUGGAGUCGCCCAGCCACCAAAAGCCUGAUGCCAUGCCCGAGCUGGCCCACAGCAUGCUGGAGCCGCCGGAUCUCUACGAAGUGGUCCGGUAUCGUCGAGAGCACGCAUCAGGUCGCCAGCUGCCCUUCUUCCCGCUGCUGGAAGACCUCAUGAGGGACGUUUGUGACGGCGGCGCGCUGCUCACCGUGGUCCACUACUACUGCCCUGAUAUCAUGAAGCUGGAGGAUAUUUGCCUGAAGGAAGUCCCUUCCAUCGCUGAUAGUCUGUACAACAUCCAGCUGCUGAGAGAAUUUGCCAGUGAAUAUCUGAAUAAAAGCUGCUAUCUGACAAUGGAGGACAUGCUCUACUCACCGCUUGUUCUCAAGCACAACGUUAUGGUGUUCAUUGCUGAGCUGUUCUGGUGGUUUGAGACGGUCAAGCCAGAGUUCGUCCAACCCAGAGACCUUCAAGAGUUUAAAGAUGCUCGAGCCAUAGCUCAUCCCAAGAGUGCCCGGCCAUCAGUGCCCAUCUCCAACGCCACCAAGCGCAGCUUUCUGACUAGUCCUGGCGUGGCAGAUAACCAGAGCAACCCCGAAGUCUGUAACAGGUACUUCCUGCACCCCGAAGGCUCUGACCCUCUUAAGGGCGGUCCGGCCUUCAGUCCCUCUCAUCCACUGCUUCCUCUUAGACAGAGGCAACAAAAACAGCAAGGGGACGACGGCGGAGGCUUGAGAAACCGUUCGAACUCUCUCAGUCAGAUGGAUGGACAACAACUCAGAGGCUCUGCUGCAGCGUGGCCCGACAAAAGGCAAAGACCCCUGUCCACGCUGAGCCCCUUCAUGCUGCAUUCUGCCACCGACAGCGACGCUGACAUUGCCUCUGGCGACAGCGUGAGUCUGGCUCGCUCCAUUAGCAAGGACAGCCUGGCGUCCAACGUCACCAACGUCACUCCUAAACAUCAGACCGCCGUCCACCAGUCGUCUGCCAUGCGAAGAGUCAACGGCCACAAUCUACUGAGUCAUGUCAACAUGGAGGACGGGGAAGAAACUCCCGCCGACGCUACUGUCAUCCCAAAACGAUCCGACGGGCCUGCUGCGUCAGCCACAGCCAUACCUAGACCUUCCUCCGACUCCACUCCUGACGCCGACGGCUUUUACCUUGAACCACUGAUGCCUGCUGUUCUGAAAACGGCUAAAGAGAAAUCUGUAUGUCUGAACAAAGAGGAGGAGAGCGGGGAGGGGCCCCGCUCGGCAGGUAGGGGUUCCUUACGCCGUGGAGAUGGGUCUUCAGCUGCCGUUCGCAGAAAAGCGCCUUCUGAUCUCAACCAGACGUUUCCCGCUCCAGGCGAAGAGGAACGCUUGACGGACGAGCGGCAGCAGGCGGAUUUCAGAGCGGUCAUAACCAGGGAGCCAGCUGAAGGUUUCUACCACUCGGACUCUGCCCAGCCAAAGUGCGUCCACGGUCCGGAGGCAGAGCUGGAGGACCUGGAUGAGGAAGAGGAGGAUCUGGACGAAGCUCUGACCACUAAAGACUCGAGGAAAGGUUACGGCGAAGCAGACGAAGAGGAGUCAGCCAAGCUCCAGGAGGACAUGAAUGUCAAAGAGCACGAAGACAAAGACUUUAAUGGCGCCAGCGGCCGCUCCAGCCCCUGCCUCAGCACACACUCCCAAGCUAGCAGCAUGGCCAGCGGCAGCGUGCGCAUGACCUCCUUCGCUGAGCGAAAAGCGCAGCAGCAGCGCUUCGGCAGCAACCACGACCUGCGCUCCAGCGCCUCCAGCUCCCAGAGGACGACCCCGGACGGGUCGGAGAGCAGCGGACCCCUGUCGUCGUCUUGGAGACUGAAGAGAGAUCAGAGCACUUCCUCCCCCUUGGGAGGGUGCAAUCGUCCAGGUGACGGUGGCACCAACGUGCUGGCGUCUGAAAUCGUUCAGCUCCGGAUGCAGCUGGAGGAGAAGCGGCGAGCCAUUGAGCACCAGAAGAAGAAGAUGGAGGUGCUGGCGGCGAGGCAGAGACAGAAGCUGGGCAAAGCGGCGUUUCUGCACAUCGUUAAGAAAGGAGGCGGACGGAGCGACACGCUGCCCAGCUCACUCAAAGCAGACAUCUCUAAAGACGAUCUCAACGGGGAGAAGGGACCCUUAAGCAAAGACGAUAUGUGUGUCGACACCCUACGGGGGCAGAAGGAGGCAGAGGGGAUGGGUGCCUUGGAAGCAGACAAGAAGGGGAACGGCGGGAGCUUUUAUCUCGACGAGGAACUGGACCUGAACGAGUGCAGCCGCUCCAUCGAGCUGCUGAACGAAGCCAUCGGCAGCAUCCAGCAGCAGAUGAUGCAACUGUCGCUGCAGCAGGAGAUGCUGAUGAAACAGAAUGUGCAAUCCCCACCCUGCGCGACGCCGCCUCCUCCACACGCAGGAGACAAAAACGGUGACUCGAAGACGGGAGGCUUUCACUUCGUGGAGCACCUCUCUGGGUCGGGCAGCGCCCCCACCAGGAAGCCGCCCAAGCUGAGCUCAGGCCGGAGCUCCAGGUCCAAGCCGUCCGAGCUGAAACUGGCGAAGGAGCAGAGCCGACCGGCCUCCAGGGCUCUCACCCCGACCCAGGGCGGGUCAGAAACCUUAGCAAGCCCACGGCAGUUAUCUGGAGGCAGGUCCCCCAGAUGCGAUCGAAACCCCACCGCCGCGGAGAUGAUGGACCGACCGGGAUCUGGGCAUGUCAGAAGUGCCACCUUCCGCCUUCAGGACGAGGCUAACAUGCGCCUGCCAACCCGCGUGGACCUAGCAUGCGUGCCUGCACCAGAACCGCUUGGCGAGUCUGGGUCCAGCACGCAGGUAGAGGGUGACGUCAGUUCCUCAGAGAAGGAAGGACUCCUGUCAGAAGAGGCACAGCGAAGCAAAACCCACCUGAUUGAGGUGGAUCUGUCCGAGCUGAAGGCCCCAGAGGAAGAGGAGGGCACCGAGGACGCCGCGGCAGAGAAAGGCGAUGGAGAGCAGAAGUCAGUGAUGGGCUUCUUCUUCAAGGAUGAGCAGAAAGCUGAGGAUGAACUUGCGAAGAAGAGGGCAGCAUUCCUGCUGAAACAACAGAAGAAAGCCGAGGAGGCUCGUAUUCGCAAACAACAGCUAGAAGCUGAAUCCGAACUGAAACGAGAUGAAGCCAGGCGAAAAGCGGAGGAGGACCGCUUGCGUAAAGAGGAGGAGAAGACGCGGCGGGAGCUGAUAAAGCAGGAGUAUCUUCGGCGGAAGCAGCAGGAGAUGUUUGAGGAGCAAGGCCUGGUGAAGCCCAAAACGCCCAAACCCAAGCAGAAACACAAACACAAGGCGGUUAUCAGAGAGGAAUCUGCCACUGAUGAUUUCUCCAAGUGCUCUUCCACACCAGACAACCUGAGCAACGCCCAGUCAGGCUCCAAUCUGUCUCUGGCCUCUGCAGCGACAAACGAGGCCGACAGCGUCAACUCCGGAGGGGCCGGCUCCCAGCGCUGUGACUCUGUGGAGUCGUUUCCAGGCAGUCGCAACAACAGCCGAGCCGCAGAGAGAGACUGGGACAACGGCUCCACCGCGUCCUCCAUCACUUCCAUGGCUGAAUACACU